CGGAGCACGCAAUAAACAGUGGAAACGUCGGCGUGACGUUCACCGCGUCGAAAGCGCCGAUCAUUGUUGGAACACGCUGCAAACGUGCGCGCGGAAAUCUGAUUCUAACCUCGAGAGUAUCUUUCGACGAUGUCUUCGAGCGUCGCUGGACUAUCUCUCAUCGUUGAAUUUGGGGGUGGGGCGGAAUUACUAUUCGACAAGAAAAAGAGACACGAGCUGGACUUACCUGGAAAUGAAUGGACCUUGAAACGAUUGCUGUUCUGGUUACGAGAUAACCUCCUGACGGAGCGGCCGGAGCUCUUCAUGCAAGGUGAUACGGUGAGGCCGGGUAUUCUGAUUCUGGUAAACGACGCCGACUGGGAAUUGUUGGGUGAAGGCGAUUAUAAACUGUGUCCACGGGACAGGGUGCUCUUCAUCUCGACACUGCAUGGAGGGUAGAAGGUACAAAUUUCCAAUAUAUUGAGAAUCGACGAGGAUAAAUGCGAUCCAUCCGAAUAUCAUGGAUUUUUUUUACAUAAUAUAUGUAUAAAGAAUUUUAUAUGUAUUUCAGAUCGUCAUUGAAAAGAAAAGUUUUUUUUUCGCAGAAUAUUCUUCUGUGAUCAGUUUCAGAUGAUUAUGAUAUAGAUUAUUAAAAAAAUACAAUUGUUUUAUCUUGCAAUGAUUCGACUAUUAAAAUCAAUAUUGAUUUUUCAAUUGGCUGAUUUUUUGAAAUUUGGCUUAGAUAUUUUUAAUGACAUUAAUUUAUAAAUUAUUAUGAUCUGAAUGCAUAAUAAAUGAACAAACAUGUCGUGUACAUAAUAAAUUGAAAUUUUUACAUUGCACCAAUUAAUAGUCACGUAUACAAUUUGAUUUUAUUUUCGUUCACGUGUGGAUUGCAUAUCUCCUUUGUUGGUUUCCAUUUUAUAAAAAGGUAUAAUAUGAUAUAAAGCGAGGUAUUCAUUCGAAUAUUCUGUUUAUGACAUCGUAUAUGAUAUAAUAAUUCGAUGGAUAUUUAAUUAGAGGCAAAUUCGUCCAAACUUGAAAAAAAAUUUGUUUUUGAUAAAUUGGGAAGCUUUGUAGAAGAAUAAAAAAUUUUUUGUAUAUA